AUGGGUCCGUGCACAUUUGCUGUUGUUGCAAUUGGUUUGUAUCCGGGGGGCUCUGCAAUUGCCCUAAGACAAAUGACUAACUGGGCGUCGCGUCAGGGCUUCACAGAGAUGGCGAGAGAUUCUUUUCUAAACAGAAAGAAAGAAAAACUGCAGCAAAAGCAGCAGCAGCAGCAGCAGCAGCAGCAGCAGCUGCAGCAGCUGCAGCAGCAGCAGCAGCAGGUCCAGCAGCAACCGGGGGUGGGCGGGGUUUUGUCUACGUGGAAUCAGCCAUUUGAGGUCGCGCGCAUUGAAAUGCAAAGCGCAGCAGCAGAAGGCAGACCCAAACAAAACAUUAUCCAGGUGAUGAAGCAAAUAGGAGUGCGUGAAGGUGCAGGGGCUCUGCUGCGAGGGAUCGUCCCUCGCAUUGGUUUGGGUGUAUGGCAGACUUUGUUUAUGGUGUCAGGAAGCAAACUGCUGCAAGACGCAUUAGUUGAAGCAGCAGCAGAGUAA